GUCACAAGAUCAUUCAUAAUGAGACCUUGUAAUUUAUUAUUAUUUCAAGGGCUUUUCAGUCAUGUGAACACACAUUUUGGUACAGUAAGGCAGGAAACUAAUUUUUAAAAACAUCUGUUUACCAGCCCAUACUGUCAUCAUUAGUGUAUCCAUGGGCUGUCUGUGGGGUCAAAAAGGUCAAUGCAUCACCAAGGAUUCACCCCAGCAACAGCAUAUUGCAAUGUGGCCAGCAAAGGUGGGGUGGGGGGAAUUACUCCCUCCCCAGUGAUAUCAUUUUACCUAUAACACUGGGACAUUGUCUGUGGCCAUCUCUGAGUGGCUCACUUUGAAAGUCAUUUUGCAGAUAUGCAGGGCAUUUUCACACUUCAGGGGAAUGUUCUCACAUUCAGGAUCAUGUGUGAGCAACAUGUCUCGCAGCCAGACUGAUAGAGGGGAUUAGAUUCUCAAACGUGUCAUGUUUAUGAAGAAACCUUUACCUAAUGUGUUUUGUUUGUGUUCUCUUUGCAUGAGCUGCUAGAGUCUCAGGUGUAACACAUACAGUCCUCAACUCAAAGGGUAUUGGGUUUCUACCUGGUAGGGCUUGGCUGGCCUCUUCUAGAUACUGUUACCAGGCUGCUCUCAUCAUUAAUUCAUCUGCACUCUUCACCACAAAGCUCUGGGUAGCUGGUUGAUCAGCGAAGCAGGGGAAAGGACAGUAUCUCUCUCUCUCUCUGCCAGAGCAGCGCAGCACCAAGGCUCCCAGAGGAGGACCGCACCUGAGCUGGGGCCAAUGCAGAACGGGGAGGCUAUGAGCCCGCAGGACUCCAAGGCACCAGGGGCCGAAGCCAUGGAGGAGCAGAAGGCCCAGAACCACAGCCAGAAUGAGGGGUGUGUGGAGCCCACAGCACCACCGCUCCCUCCUCCUUCACCACCGCCACCGGGGCCACCAGAAUACCCGAGGCCUCGGCUCAUCUUCCACACCCAGCUGGCUCAUGGGAGUCCCACAGGCCGCAUCCAUGGAUUCACCAAUGUUAAGGAGCUGUAUGCCAAGAUCGCAGAAGUGUUCAACAUCUCUCCUUCAGAGAUCCUGUUCUGCACCCUCAACUCUCAUAAAGUGGACAUGCAGAAACUACUUGGGGGGCAGAUUGGACUGGAAGACUUCAUCUUUGCUCACGUCAGAGGAGAAACCAAGGAGGUGGAGGUGACAAAGACAGAAGACGCAUUGGGCCUCACCAUCACAGACAAUGGAGCUGGAUAUGCUUUCAUUAAGAGAAUAAAAGAAGGCAGUACUAUAGACCGGCUGAAGACUGUAUGCGUUGGUGACCACAUCGAGGCCAUUAAUGACCAGAGCAUUGUAGGGUGUCGACACUACGAGGUGGCUAAGAUGUUAAAAGAGCAACCGAGAGGCAUACCCUUCACUCUGCGCCUGGUCGGGCCCAAGAAGGCCUUUGACAUGAUUGGAAUGAGGACCAGAGCCCCAAAGUCUAAUGAGGGCAAGAUGGUGAACGGAAGGGAGACCCUGCGUCUUCGCUCCAAGGGUGCUGCUACAGUUCAGGAAGUGCAGAAUGAGUUUGAAGAGCGGGCCACGAAGAAAGUGGAUGACCUGCUGGAGAGCUACAUGGGCAUCAGAGAUCUGGAGCUGGCGACCACCAUUGUGGAAGCGGGUAAAGACAAGAAGAACCCUGAUGACUUUGCAGAGGCCUUGGAUUCAGUUCUGGGAGAUUUUGCUUUCCCUGAUGUGUUUUUGUUUGAUGUAUGGGGAGCUAUUGGUGAUGUCAAGAAUGGCAGAAUCUAAGCAUUUACUGUUUAGACAGAAGAGAGAGUGAGCUCUGCUCUCUGGCACAGACAAUUGGAAAAAAGAAACAUGUAGAGGCUUUUAAUCCUUGCAUUGAUUUUCAAUCACCUCAUUUAAUACCACUAUGGGCACUGCAAUUAAUUAAACCAUUUCCCAUUUGUCCAUAA